AUUUGUAUGCAUUUCUAUAAAACAUCUCAAAAAAGAAGUUAGAAUAUUUAACAGUGUGUUCACCAAUUUUAAAUUUAUUAAAGUGUGUGCGUUAAAGUGCAACUAAAGAAAGAUGCCAGAAGAGGUAUUUGAUGAAAUUAUAACAAAGGAACAAUGUUUGAAAUUGAUUGAGAAAACAAUUGAAACAAAUCAAUUUCAAUUGAUAAAUUAUUCAUUGAAACCACUAGGAGGUGAGAAAAAAGGAUAUCUAGCAACACAUUUAAUAGGAACAUUCGAUAUAAAAUAUAUGGAAAAGACACAAACGUUAAAUUUUUUCAUGAAAUUAAAGUUGGAAGAAAAUAAUGGUGUUGGAAAAAUAAGUAAUGAUGAAAAUGAUGUAUACGUACGUGAAUCAACAUUUUUAAAACUAGCGACGAACGAUUUUCAAGUGAUUUGGGCACCAAAAUUCUAUGAUUAUAUUGAUAAUAAACUGAUUGUGUUAGAAGACUUAUCAGAGCGUGGAUUUAAAGUUGCUGAUUUGGAAGAGUAUGAUUUGAAUCAUUGUUAUGUGGGAUUAAAAGCGUUAGCCAGUUUUCAUGCAUUUAGUUUCAAAUUUUUACAUGAUAAACGUUUGGACAACAGUGACUAUUCCAUUUUAAAGGAAUAUCCGUACUUUUUUAUGGAAAAUUUAUUUACAAAUGAGACGGAAUUGGGUCGGAAAUUUAUAAAAACAACAAAAUGUGCAAUGGAUUUUAUAAUUGAUCAAAUAGAACGAAAAAACUUUGAUAAAAUACAAAAGAAAAUUAACGAAAAAUAUUAUCGUAUAGCUGAUGAAUUAAAACCAAAGGAAAAUAAAUACCAUGUGAUUUCGCAUGGUGAUUUGUGGGCUAAUAAUAUUAUGUUUUCAUAUGAAAAUAAUGUUCCAAAACAAUGUUGUAUGGUUGAUUAUCAAAUACUACGUUAUCUUCCACCUACUGUUGAUCUACAAUUUUUUUUAAGUGUAAAUACAUCACCAAAUUUUCGUGCAAAACAUUUUCGUGAAUUAUUAGAAUAUUAUUAUCAACAAUUAUCACAAGAGUUAAAUGUGUUUGGUUUGGAUUCAAAUGUUAUUUAUCCAAAAGAAAUUUUUGAACAAAGUUGUACGGAUACAAUUGUAUUAUCCGUAAUGUUUGCAUGCUAUUGUAAAUCAUUUUUAUUAAUGCCACGACAUAAAAUGACUACGUACCUUUCAGAUCCUGUUCAAAGUGAGGAAGUUAUGUAUGGUGAUCGUACGAAAUUUAUUAAAGAAGAAUUGGAAAUUAAUCACGUUUACAAAGAAAAAAUAUUUAAAGAAUUUCAGGUGUUAAUUGAUAUAAUUGAACGAUUAACAUAGAAUUUGCAUUAU